UGUAGGUCACCAGUGCCUGUGCUUGCUGCCAGGCUUUAUUAGGUCCUUGUCUGAGCUGAGAGAGCAGAAAAAAGCCAUGAGGAGCUGCAGGCAGAGCAGGCAGGGGCGCUCCCUGCCUCAAAACUGAGUGACGAGCCAGCGCAGUUUCCUCCGUCCGGCCCCGCUUGAAACGUGUGUCAUACACCCAGACUCAUGAUUCAUCUCCUGGACUGCUCAAAACCUCUGGCUGCCCCAGAGCUGCUCUCCAUCGCUUACACCGGGGCUGGUCCAAGCAGCCCCCCCACGUCCAGGGCUUGGAGGAGAAGAUGGGAAUACUCUCUGUGGUCGGGAUCCUCCUGCUCUGCGCUGCUGGUGGCUGGGGGGGUAACAUCUGCACCACCCGUGGGGUGAACUCCUGCAAGCAGUGCCUGGCCGUGAGCCCCCUCUGCGCCUGGUGCUCUGCGGAGGUCUUGGCACAAUCAUCACCUCGCUGUGACCUGCAUGCCAACCUCCUGCAAAAUGGGUGCGGGCAGGACUACAUCGAGUACCCCACCAGCACCAUAACCAUCCUGGAGGACCGACCCCUCAGCAGCAAGGGCUCGGGGGGCUCCACCACCACCCAGAUGAGACCUCAGAAAAUACAGCUGAACCUAAGGCCGGAUGACUCCCAGAUCUUUCGCGUCCAAGUGCGUCAAGUGGAAGACUACCCUGUGGACAUCUACUACCUGAUGGACCUGUCCAAUUCCAUGAAGGAUGAUCUAGGAAAAAUCCAGAAUCUGGGCACCAAGCUGGCCAGUGAGAUGCGCAAGCUCACCAGCAAUCUACGCAUCGGCUUUGGGGCCUUUGUGGACAAGCCCAUUUCCCCCUACAUGUAUAUCUCUCCUCCGCAAGCCAUCACGAAUCCUUGCUAUGAGAUUGGAGAAACCUGCCUGCCCAUGUUUGGCUACAAACACGUCUUGUCGCUCACGGACGAGGUGACCCGUUUCAACGAGGAAGUGCAGAAGCAGAGCGUCUCACGGAACCGCGAUGCACCAGAGGGUGGCUUCGAUGCCAUCCUCCAAGCCACUGUGUGCGAUGAGAAAAUCGGUUGGAGGAAUGAUGCUUCCCACCUACUCGUCUUCACCACGGAUGCCAAGACCCACAUCGCGCUGGAUGGCAGGCUGGCUGGCAUUGUGACGCCCAAUGACGCCCAGUGUCACAUCGACAAGGAUAAUUACUAUUCUGCCUCCACCACGCUGGACUAUCCCUCUCUGGGCCUGAUGACUGAGAAACUCUCCCAGAAGAACAUCAACCUAAUCUUUGCGGUGACGGAUACAGUUGUUGGCCUCUACCAGAACUACAGUGAGCUGAUCCCAGGCACAACCGUGGGAACCUUGUCUAAAGACUCCAGCAACGUCUUGCAGCUCAUAGUGGACGCCUACGGGAAAAUCCGUUCCAAAGUGGAGCUGGAGGUGCGUGACCUACCUGAAGAGCUGUCCCUGGCCUUCAAUGCCACCUGCCUCAAUGAUGAGGUCAUCCCUGGCCUCAAGUCUUGCAUGGGGCUCAAGAUCGGGGACACGGUGAGCUUCAGCAUCGAGGCCAAGGUGCGAGGGUGCCCACAGGAGCGUCAGAAAUCCUUCACCAUCAAACCAGUGGGCUUCAAGGACAACCUGACGGUGGUGGUGAACUUUGACUGUGACUGCUCCUGUGAGAGCCAAGCCGAGGCCAACAGUUCAUCCUGCAGCCGAGGCAAUGGCACGUUGGAGUGCGGCGUGUGCCGCUGCAACGCCGGGCGCCUGGGCUCGCACUGCGAGUGCUCGGAGGAGGAGUACAACCCCUCACAGCAGGACAACUGCAGCCCUCGGCCAGGCCAGCCCCUCUGCAGCCAGCGCGGCGAGUGCAUCUGCGGGCAGUGCGUGUGCCACAGCAGCGACUUCGGGAAGGUGACGGGCAAGUACUGCGAGUGCGACGACUUCUCCUGCGUCCGCUUCAAGGGCCAGAUGUGCUCAGGCCACGGGCAGUGCAACUGUGGGGACUGUCUGUGUGACCCGGACUGGACCGGCGACAACUGCAACUGCACCACCCGCACCGACACGUGCAUGUCCAGCAACGGGCUGGUGUGCAGCGGCCACGGCUUCUGCGUCUGCGGCAAGUGUGAGUGCACCCAGCCCGGCUCCUACGGCGACACCUGUGAGAAGUGUCCCACGUGCCCAGAUGCCUGCACCAUCAAAAAGGAGUGCGUGGAGUGCAAGAAAUUUGAACGCAGAUCGCCGACGGAGCAGCAGUCUUGCAGCCGCAUGUGCCGUGAUGAAAUUGAGACAGUGCAGGAACUGGUUGACAGGGGCAAGGAUGCUGUGAACUGCACCUACAAGGACGAGGACGACUGUGUGGUGCGGUUCCAGUACUACGAGGACUCCAGCGGAAAGUCCAUCCUCUACGUUAUUGAGGAGCCAGACUGCCCGAAGGGGCCAGAUAUCCUGGUGGUCCUGAUGUCAGUCAUGGGCGCUAUCCUGCUCAUCGGCCUUGCUGCCCUACUCAUCUGGAAGCUUCUCAUCACCAUCCAUGACCGCCGCGAGUUUGCCCGCUUUGAGGAGGAGAAGGCAAGGGCUAGGUGGGACACGGCCAACAACCCUUUAUAUAGAGAAGCUACUUCUACCUUCACCAACAUCACGUACCGUGGGAACAUGUAAGGAUGCCGCAUGCAGGACUGGCAACGGGAUCAGCUGAGGAUCCAAGGGAUCUUCUGGAGUUCAGUUUACAGAAGAGCUUGUGUGUGUCUGCGUUUGUGAGUGUGUCUGUGUGUAAUUUAACAAUCCCUCGACUGCCUCCAAGGCCCUGCUGUCCGUCACCCCCCCGGUAACUGCAGGGAUGUGCUUUCCAUGGCAAACCUCUCAUCCUUACCUCGGUGGGUUGCCUCGCAAGAGCUGGCGGCCCCUCCAUACACUGAACAUGGGAGAAAUGGGACUUUCUCUGCCUGGCAAGUAUGUGAACUGUUAGGUGCUCAUUGGACCAAGUGGAUUUUUGGGAGUGGCUGCUUGAACCGAAGGCUGAGCUGCACUCUCCUUCUUGGUCCAUGCUGGUGAAGCUCUGCCCGUGUGGAGAGUCCCCUCGCUCACUGGACAGAUGCGGUUCCCUGGGUACAGGAGCCGUCUUCAUGGGGGACUACAUGAAGGCAGCUACACUCGCUGCCAGCUGGCAGGAGCCAUUGCCCGGCUUCGUGGGUCGAGGACAUCACCCAAGCAACCUGGAAACUCCCUGCUUCUUGCAGCCACACAUUUCUGGUGCUGCUGGUGGCCCAGGAUUGAGAAAAGCAAAUGCCCUGGCAUCACGGCGCCCUUCCUCAUUCUCUCCACAUGCGCUUAGUUUGCACCACUGGCCAACUGUAUGUAGCAUCAGCUGUGCUGGUCCCAGCUGCAGCCUGGCUCAGCCCCUGGGAUGGUGCUGAGCUCCCCACGUCCCCCUCCACCAUCACUGUACCAUGAAGCACGUGGAUGUGCAAGCAGCAGCCUGGGAGGGGUUGUGAUGCCUGUUAUGCCUUGAACCUGGCUGCCUUGUUCCACUUUCUGGGCUGUGUAACUGCACCACGCUUGGUUUCCUCUGUAGCUCAGGGUUCCAGAAAAUCAGACAGAGUUCAGGCCACAUCCUGCUGCCUGGGGCUGUGCAUCACCUGUGGUUUGUCCUCUGUGGGAAAACAAAAGUGCUGGUAGCAGAGUGGCUGUAACAGUGCUGCUGCCCGGUCUGCGCCCCAGUCCAAGUCUUGUGCCUCGGUUCUCCUCAAUUGCACCAAAAAAAAAGCAACAGAGACCCAAGGGCCCCAGCAGCGUGGUGGCUGUGUGUCUCCUGUCCCCAGCGGCGCGGGAGCAGGGGACAUGGCAGGGGCUGGCAGCGGUCACUGAUGCUGGGGUGGGAGCUGGGGCUGAGCCCCGGAGUGGGGGCGUUGGGUGAGCAGCAGCAAUGCACACCAUGAAAAUAAAGAAACCUCAA